AUGCUCGAAGACCAAGCGGUCACCUACGAACAGAAGCUCGUCGGCGGCGGGCGCCUCAUGAAUCCUGGCGCCAUCAGCAUUCACGACUACGACGCGCUGAAGGCCGACGCCUCCUUCGCCGGGCCGCUCGGCUAUCUUCCCGUGCUCCGCUGGGGCGAACUCGAGGAAAUCAACGAGGCGAUGGCCAUCAACCAAUUCCUCGGGAAGAAGCUCGGCCUGUGGCCGCGGGCCGGCGGCGACGAGGACCGGGCGCACGUCGAGGCGCGCGCGGCGGCGCUGGCCAUGGGCGCCUACUCCAUGAUCAGCGAGAAGAUCUACGCCGACAUCUUCAACCCGCCGCUCUUCCUGAAGCUGUCGCCGAGCAUGCGCACGACCGCGGCUUUCGUUUUGGACCGCCUCGAGGCCGCGCUCGGCGAGAAGCGCUGGUUCGUCGGCGACGUCUGCGACGCCGUCGCCGCCGCGGACGCGGCGGCCGAGGCGGCCGCGGCGGACGUCGAGGCGCGGUGCUUCCCGCCCGCGGAGCCGGAGCCGCCCGCGGAGCCGGAGCCGCCGGUACACGACGAGCUCCCGGCGCCGCCGGAGCACGACGAGCUCCCGGCGCCCAUCCCCGAGCUGCCGGAGCCCGCGGAGCACGACGAGCUUCCGGCGCCCAUCCCCGAGCUCCCGGUGCCGCCAGAGCACGACGAGCUCCCGGAGCCCGUCCCCGAGCUCCCGGAGCCCGAGCCGCCGGAGGCCGAGCCCGUCGAAUCGCCCGCGGCGCCCGCGGAGGAGCCCCCCGUCGUCCUCGUGCGCCCGCCGGCGGAGCCCGCCGAGGAGCUCGACGACCACGCCGCGAACCACCCCGGCGAGUUCGACGGCCACGACAUCCACGCGAUCGUCGGCGCCAUGCACGACUACCACCGCGCCAAGGGCGACGCGCCGGGCGAGGACGCGGACCCGCCGCCGCCCGCGGCCUUUGCGCACGAGCCGUCGCUCGACGCGCGCGUCGCCGCGGCCGCGGAGCUGCCGGGCGUCGCGUUCGCGGAGCGCGGCGCGGCGCCCGCGGUCCUCGCCGCGCCGGCGGCGGCGGAGGAGCCCGCGGCCGCCGCGGCGUCGGCGCGCUUCGACGCGCUGCAGGAGCCCGCGGAGCCCGCGCACGAUCCCUUCGCCACGGACGAGCCCCCGGCCUUCGAGGCGGAGGCGGCGGAGGACCCCGCGCCGCCCGCGGACCCCGCGCCGGCCGAGGACCCCGCGCCGGCGGAGGACCCCGCGCCGGCGGAGGCGGACGCCGCCCCGGCGGCCGCGGAGGCCGCGCCCGCGCUCCAGGACUGGUCGCGCGCCGCGCCCGCGGCGCGGCCCGACGCCCCCGCGCCCGACGCCGCGCCGCCGGAGGAGAGCUACCGCGACGUGCUCGCUCGGAAGCACGCGGCGCGCCACGAGGCCGCGACGUCGCCGCUGGGCCUCGCGUACCUCGAGCCGGCGAAGCUCGUCGCGGGCCUCGCCCUCGCCUGCUUCCUCCUCUGCGGCUGCCGCCUCUGCUACCGCCGGCGCCGCAAAGCCGCCGCGCCGCCGCCGCCCGCGCCGUCGCCGAAGCCGCGGAAGCCGCCGCCGCGGCGCGGCCGCGGCGCCGCGCCCGUCGCGGUCGCGAAGAAGGUGCCGAUGGUCGCCGGCGACCUCGACGACGACUGGGACGACCUCGAGGGCGGCGACGCGUCGCCGCCGCCGCGGCCGGCGGCCGCGAAGCCGGCCCGGUCGCGGUCGACGACGCCGCGGCCCGCGUCGCCGCCGCCCGCGUCGCCGCCGAAGAAGUACGCGUCCAAGGUCGAGGAGAUCUUGGACGACGACGUCUGGGGCGCCGACGGCCUCGACGACAUCCUCAACGACUGCUGGGACGCCGAGGACGGCCUCGCGCCGGCGACGCCCGCGAAGUCGCCCUACGAGAAGGUCGCGCGGUCCGCGAGCCUCAGCGCGCCGCCGGCGCCGCCGCGGUCGACGACGCCCCUCCCGCCGGCGACGGGGCCGCGCCGCGCCGUCUCCUCCGCGAGCUCCUACCACGACGAGUCCGACGACGACUUCUUCGCGAGCCUCGGCAUGGCCGCGAAGCCCAAAUUCAAGCGCUAG